CUUAACUCUGCCCCUGGGCCAGCCAGCGGCGGUGGCAGGGCUCUGCCUAUAGACGUUUCUCCUCACGCUUUCGCCAGGCGCCGCCGGGGACCCGCUCGGCCCGUGACAUGCCGAGGGGCGGCAAGCAGGCAGGUGUCUCCCGGGGCAGGCGGCGAGCGGGGCGAAACCCCCGCGCCUCCUCAGGAGGCGGCGGCAUCCUUCCCUCGGGGUCAGCGGAGAGGAAGAGGCCGGGAGGAGGCUGAGGCGGCCGCAUCCCGCCGCCGCUGCCGCCGGCCAGCACUCGACCCCCACCAUCGAGGAGCCCCGGUGCCCGCUCCGCUCCGCGCACACGGCGGCCCCUCCUGAAAGGCGACGGCAGAGCCGGCUGCCCUAGCGCGCAUGCUCGGCGCGGGCGCCAUUUUGGUGGGGCCGGGAGUUAUCCAGCGAGAGCGGCGGCGGAGCUCGCUGGGCCCGGCUCGGAGGCAGCGGCGAGUGGGUGCCCGCUGCGGAGAUGGCUAACAUCGCGGUGCAGAGGAUCAAGCGGGAGUUCAAGGAGGUGCUGAAGAGCGAGGAGGAGUUUGGCUUUAAUAGGAAAGAAGUGUACAAGUCCUAAGACGAGCAAAAAUCAAAUUAAAGUAGAUCUUGUAGAUGAGAAUUUUACAGAAUUAAGAGGAGAAAUAGCAGGACCUCCGGACACACCAUAUGAAGGUGGAAGGUAUCAACUAGAGAUAAAAAUUCCAGAAACAUAUCCAUUUAAUCCUCCUAAGGUGCGGUUUAUCACCAAAAUAUGGCAUCCUAAUAUUAGCUCAGUCACUGGGGCCAUUUGUUUGGAUAUUCUGAAAGAUCAAUGGGCAGCAGCAAUGACUCUAAGAACAGUGUUGUUAUCACUGCAAGCAUUGUUGGCAGCUGCAGAACCAGAUGAUCCACAAGAUGCAGUAGUGGCAAACCAGUACAAACAAAAUCCAGAAAUGUUUAAACAGACAGCUCGACUUUGGGCACAUGUGUAUGCUGGAGCACCAGUUUCUAGUCCAGAAUACACCAAAAAAAUAGAAAACCUUUGUGCUAUGGGCUUUGAUAGGAAUGCAGUAAUAGUGGCCUUGUCUUCAAAAUCAUGGGAUGUAGAGACUGCAACAGAAUUACUCCUGAGUAACUGAGCCAUGUAGAGAGAGCUGCUUCAGUAGUCCAGCUUGCCCCUUCUGGAGGAGCAUCACCAUCUGUUAUUUUUAGGAUUCUAUAUAGAUUCUCUUUUAAAACUGGCACUCUUGCCUGAUGAUGCUAUCUAGGCACUAUUGGAGACUGAAAAAAAACCGCUCUGUAAAUAAAGCUAAUUAAACGUCUGUGUAAAUUUAAAAAGGGGAAAUACUUUAAUUUUUUUUUCUUACUAAAUAUUGUAAAAAUUCUUUGAGCUCAGCUAAAAUAAUGGGGGAAAACAUGCCUACUUUAGUGUUUAGCAGUGUGACGAAGACUAGCAGGAACUUGCUUCAGGAUUUUGAUUUAGUAAUUCAGAAAGCAACAUUUUUGAGUGUUAGUCAUCAAAAUUGUUGGUGCCACUCAUCACAGCUAUCUUACUGUUUUUUAAACAUGGAUCCUAUGUGCCUGUGGAUUGACCUAUAUUUGCAUGCUUGUACUUAAUAGACAUAUUAGGUAGGGUCGCUGAAGAGAGCACCAUUGAAUACUUGAGUGUUCUUGUAACUUUUUUUCCUGAAAGACUUUCAAGACUUACCCAAAGUUCCAAAUGGUGACCUAUUCAGAACCGGUUUCUUUCUAGCUUAUUAAUUGGGAAACCUGAUUCUCCUCUCCCUUUACAUCAUACAGCUAGAAAUCCUCCCUAGAUUGUUUCAUCAUCCGUGGGUAUUAUGUGUGCCAUUUACAGUAGUCUAGGCUCCCAUUUAAAGAAUAUAUUUUGAAUUAUCUGUAAUUAUUUUCACCCAUCAUGUUUUCUUCACAAUCUCGUAAGGAGUAUGCCUGGAUAUAGCACAAAAAGAUGGAGCUGGUUUUCUUUCCUUUUUUUUGUGGUCAAUAGAUGUAAAAUGUUCUUCAGUACAUUCUGGAUAGUAUGAUUUUACUGGAUUUGAAGGAGGAAAAAGCAGAUCUAGCAUACUGAAAUUAAAAAAAAAAAUUUCUUUUGAGUACUUGAUAUGAUGCAAUCAGCUGGUUUUUGCAGCGGUUUUCUAGCUUUAUUUCGGGCUUCAAUUUAAGGAUUGCUUACCAGGUACUUUAAAAUUCAUCCUUGCUUGCAUUUUUCUCUAGUUGACACAUGGAGGCUGUGUUGGUGUUUUUACUGUACAUACUUCAAAUGCACAUAGAAGUAGAAGUGUGUUCUCAAUUUAGCUUUCUUUUGGAUUGAUGUUUCUGAUAAAUGAGAACUGAAAUCUUACCUUGGCUUGUACAUACAGUCAGUCUUUUUAUUCGUAUUAAAAUGACAUUUCAUCCCGAGUGCAAAAGCUUGAAAAUUAUUAGUUUUGCAACUUCAAACACUAGUACAUCUAUUUAAAGAGAGCUGUAAUGUCUUUGUGAAUAUGAUGCUAACUUUUGAGAAUAUAUCUGACAAGGAAGUUAGAGAAAUCCUGAGACUAGAGAGUGGGGAUGGUGGAUAAUGGAGUGCUAAGUCAUCUUUCCCAUAACUGUUUUUUCUCCGAAACAGUGGAUCAGUGGGGUGGGGAAAGGAAAUAUUUGUCUGUUGGGGAUUUUUCUGGAGCUAUGAAGUACAAGUUGAAAUAGUUUCACACUUCAUAGACAGUCUGUUUAUAAAUUGUACUAGAGGAAAUCAGGAACAUUAUUGUAUCUGGUAAAUAUUUUGGGGCUUAGUGGUAGGGGAACAGAACCAGAAAAUAGAGCUGUAGAGACCUGGCUAGUUCAGGGACGUGCCCUGGACUGCUCUGUCUGUGUCCAAACUUAAAAUAUUUCAGGGCACAGGCAGUAAAUACUUUGAACUCAUAUCAGUGCAAUACUAAAUGCAUUUGCUUAGUCUUUAUACUUACUGCUUUUUAAGGUGUAGUCAGUGAUCAGUUUUCUUGGGCUUUCCUGAGUUAGUGUAAAUCAUUUGCAAUGAUGCCAAAGGAAAUGAGUUGUUUUGUCUUUCCUUAUAUUUAUUUAUUUUUUUAACAAGAAGCUGCUACUGUUCAGCUGGUUUGCUAGGUGAAAACCAGGGACGGUAGGAAACUAUGGCAAAAUGCCACUUGUGUUAAUCUCAAGUUGCUGUCUUUUCUGUUAUACAGGCUAAGAACUUCUUGAUUACAUCAACACCUUUUUUUACCCUGGUGGUAAUUAUAAAUUGCUGACUACUUUCCCUUGUUCUUCGCUGCUAUUUAUCAAAAGAAAGAACUUGGAAAUCAUUGUUGGGGACAUAAAACUUCUCAGUUACGGGCUUCUGAACGUGUCUUUUGAUAAGAUGAGUCUCCUAAGAACAGGAGGUUUUUCCAACAAUAUGUAAAGGGAUAAAGGAAGCCGGGGGAGGGGGAGAAAAGAGGAAAUGGUUCUUAGGUGAACCUGGUCACCUCUGAAACAAUGCCCUGUCAAGUUUUAGUUCUCUCAUGAAGUUACCUCAUUUUCUUCUCUACUGCAAAACACUCAUCUUCCCCUUUCCCCUUAUGUAUAGAUGUUGGAUACUGAGUUUUGUGCUCCAUCCACGCUCUUGGUAGCAAAGAUACCUUGAUGCUAGCUCAGAUGCUGGCAGGAGGGAAGCUUCUCAAGAACUGAGCUGGGAAGGAAACGUGACCCAGCAUUAAGGAGACAUCUGUGGUCUGAAGUCCCUCAAUUUUGACAUGUGAGUCCUUUAUAAGGAAUGUUUUUUGUAUUCUUGGUAAUUAUCAGAGUUGAAUACAGGGAUAAUAUUGUACAAGGUUAGUUUAACUGCAGCUGGGGCUGAGCCCUGGGAAUUUUGCUGUCAGUGUUCAGUUUAUCCUUGUGAGUUUGUACAUACAAAAUGGUAGUUCUGUGUUUUGUGUGACUGACCGUUGCUAUAUGCAGGGCCCUGGGCAUUCACAGACAUGGAGGUGCCACACGGACCGCUCCGGCUGUGGACUUGGGCUGCGCAUCUACUGCUUCCUUACAACAAGAACAUAAAACAUGGGUACAGUUGCUUCCCAAGUACAAAUAAAACCUGUGUUGUCUUCCUCUAUUGUGUAAGACAACAGCUUGAAACAGUAAUUUGGAAGUCUAAAUGACUCCAUUUUUCUAAACAUGGUAUUGAUAAUGAAGCUCACGGAUUGCCAGAGCAUCGAUCAGAUUUCACUGCUGAAGGUCUUAACGUGCAUUGAGCAAAGUGGUUUAUCCCUUGUUUGUUUUGUUGGUGGGGAACAAGAAACUCCUUUCUCAUCUAGUUCCUCCAAAAGUAAACUACAGCUUUGUUCCAAGGCAGAGAAAUGCCCUUUCCUGUUGCCAAAAGCCUCUGCUGUUCCCGUGAGUGCCAAAAGCCCUGACUGCAUCCCACCCCCACUCACCAAAUUCACAGCUUCCUCCCGUUGCUUCUGUGAACAGGCUGUGUUCUCAGUUUGACAAACUGGUACAUUCUGGAGACAAAAACUUAGGAACAUAUCCUUCUGGAAAGAUGCAGCACUGAGUGCUAUUCUUUCUGCGUAUUCCAAACUUUAACUUUUUUUUUUUUUUUAAAAAAGCUUGCCACAGAGCCUUGACUAUAAUUGGUUUGGUAGUAUUUAUCUGAGCAAUUAGGUACUAAUGGUGUAGGAAUAUGUCUUGGUUUGGUUUUUUUUUUUUUUUAAAUUAUCAUUGUAUUCAACUGUAUUCCAAGUAAAUUAGUAUUGGAACACUGACAUAAGGAGUAUAGGAUCUUUGUUGUUGUUGUCUGAAAGGAGGAAUUAAAUAGCCAGAAAGAAGCUUACCUUGUUAUGCCAAAUCUACAUUAUGUGGUGUGGGUAACAGAAACAUUUAAACUAUGCAAAUUUAAGCUUAACAGCUGUGAAUGAGACUCGGCGCUUCAGAGCAUAUGGAUUGCUUAUUGAAUCCUGGAACGGAGAAGGGGAGGGAAAUCAAAACACAGUUUCAAGUGAGAGUUCUUGUUUACUGCAUUGGUCAUAUACUGUGAAGGUGAUGGGUUCCAUUUUCAGUGUAAUGGGAAACCUAACUCGGUGCGUGUCCCUCACUUCCUUCCUAAAUACCAACAAAAGCUAACUUAGGCUUGGAUGCUUGCCCAAAGGGGGAAACGUUAAAUAAUUUAACAGUGAAAGUUAGUUUUACUUAAUGUCUGCUGAUGAGCAGAUGCGACGAGAAGAUGGGGUGUCCUUUCCUGCUGUGUUUUGUUGGUAGAGUUGACGAGAAGCAUCUUGAGGAGUGUGGCCACUGACUUGUGAUCAGGUAGUUGCUUUUGUACGGUUUUAAUGAGCAAUUGACUCAAUACUAGAUAGCGAGAACACAUUUCAUCAUGCCGUCUGUUGCGUCGCAGAACUAAAGCAUGAAAGUAAAGAUGCUCCUUGGGUGCCUAAAGCUUUUUCUGGGAAAAAUGUAGAUGUUUUCACUGUUACCGUCCUGAUUUUCCGGGCCCAAGGCUCUCCUGUGGCUAGGCGAAGGGGCAGUCACUUCUUUCUUGCUAGUUUUCCGAUCUAUUCCAAACCCAUCGGUAGAUCACGUAGCUUUCUCUUCCUGUUUGUGGCGUUGGUGUCAUGAGCUGAUUCAUCAUUAGACUCACAAGACCAGCUGUCUUUAAUGCGUUUUUGCUUCUUGCUCAGUUAUCCAGCUGCAGUGCUCUGUAGGUAGCAACUCGACUUCAGAUUUCUUCUCACUGGACAAACUCCUGCAAAUCAUUUGCACUGUACUGUGAUGUGAUGUUCCUUCUCUGCUGUUACCUGCUUUGUAGGCAUCAAAAUAGCUAGCUGAUCGCUUAUGGUGCUGAGCCAUUCAUCGAUAAUGUAAGUUAAGAUCUAUGACUCAACAGACAAGGAAAUGUACUGUGAAAAUGCUGUACUUGUCCAUUUUACGAUUUGUGGCAACUGCUGGUGCUCUGUUGUGGUGUCUGAAGGAGGCUGCCAUCAUGCGAAUGCUGAUGUCAACUGUUGAAGAACCCUGCUUUUCACUUACCUUUUCCAUCCUAAAUUUCGACUUUUCUAAUUAAAAACUAUUUACCGAUAAAAAAUAUUGCAGGAGGUUGGUUUCCUGAGCAUCAGACUUCCUGUACAGGAGGAGUGGGUGGGCUGGAAUGCAGCAUCAGUGUUUUUUGUCUUGAAAAUAAAAACUACACAAACACUUUUGUACACAAAUGAUUUUUUAAUAAACACACAUUUUAAAAGAUGUUGAUUUUCACUGGGAAUGCUUAACAAUAAAUGCAUGUUUCCCUGAAAACAGUUUUCAUUUUAUUUCUGGUAAUUCAAAUCGUUCUGAAAUUACAGGGUGUAUAUACUGCCUCCAUGUCAGUAAUGAGAGAAAGGGAUGAUCAAGUUUGUGAUUAAAAAUUUUUGAA